GUCUCCUCCCCUCCGAUGUCUCAAAGGGGCCUGGAAAGGCACAGCGGGAGCAGAGGCCCAGGGAGACCUUCCAGGAGGACCUUCAAGGAUGAGAUCCCGGCUGCUUUUGGGCUUGGUGGCCACCACCUUCACGCUUGUGGCCUUCCCUGGUUGUGGACAUGGGGCUGAGCCCGGAGGGUCUUCUCUGGAGGAAGAGGGAGACCCUCGGAAGGGAGACGUGGCCCUUUCCCGCUUUCCCAGGACCACCCUGCGCCAGAGGCACCGCAUCGGGAGCUUUUCGGCCCUGAGCAGAGGCCUGGUGGCAAAUAUGAGUAAACUGGAAGAUGUUGGGGAAGAAGGAGAGGCCCCACGGCAGGAGAGGGAGGCCAACCGAACCCAUGGAGCUUGUUGGGGAUGUUGCGGGACUCGGCUUCCUGACCACAAUGGAAGCCGGCAGCCCUCGAAGGGGGACUCGGGGUCCUUGGGAGGCACCCCACCACCCCACCCGCCAAAGAGGAACACCACCAAGGGACACCACCAUCCGGGCGCCUACACCCCAAUGCGGCGGUCAGACCGGCCCCUGGACUUUGGGAAGGGCGUCUCCUUUUUCUGGGUGAAGCUUAACGGCGGCCACCAAGGACCCAAUGCCACCCAGGACCGUUGCAGAGGGUGUUGUGGGAGAAACAGCACCGCCGUCACCAAGACCCCGGAGAGGAAGGACGAAGGGAAGGGGUCCCCAAGCUCUGGGGGCGGUCCCAUCAGACGUCCAUGGAAACCCAUCCUGGAGAGAGAUGUCCCAAAUGAAUGGCCCUCUCAAAAGGGAGAAGACGGCAGGUGGUCCUCCUUCCCCAUAGACCCCAUUGAGCCUUGGAAGCACCCAAGAAAACCCUGAAGACCCCUGUGAAUGGGGGCCACGGAGAGCCAGGAAACGUUGAAAGUUAUCGGCUUCAGAAUGCUAUCCUUGCGGCUUGGAAUCAGUGUGGGUCAAUGAGGUUGGACUCAGCGUGCAUCUCUUUUCACAUAAAGACUUAUAAAGAGAAAACAUUCACCACUAACUGGUCCAUACUGAAGAGAUCUCACUACCUUAGAAGCGCGUGAAUGUGGAUUUCACAGCUUUGAAAAAAAUGUAUUGAGAUAUGUGUGUUGUUGAACACAGGACCACCUCCUUAAAAAGAUUGAUAGUUUUCCAAGGGCAACAAGACAAAAUGAAAUACAGCUGCACCCUUCCUCUUACAUGAAGUCUCCCAAGCUCCGCCACCUUCAGACCCCUUGCUUCUCUCUUCUAUCCUCAUAACUAUGUAUUAUAUUUCAUUCCACUUUUUUCUUAUAAUGUUAUUAAAUCUAUUCUAUUUUAAAGGGGAGGGACAAUUCAAAUGUGGACAAUGUGCAGCUCAUUUUCAUGCAUGUUUCUAAUUUUGGGCAGGAGCCCAUUCUUGCAUUAAAGCCUCUGUUUUUUGUCUUUGCUUCCUGGUGAGUCUUUAAUCUGGAACUCUGAUUAUUAAUUUUGGUUAGCAACGCUUGCCAGGCUGAACCUUCAGAUUGUGGUCUAAAUUCCAUAUUAUGCCUGUAAUGGUUGAACAUCUUCUCUGGAAAUCCAAAAUUGCCUGUAUCGGUGGCUGAGAGAAUGACACUUGUGCUUUAGGAUGGUUCGAUGUAUGCUAGCAUUUGGUUCAUGCUGAACAUUAUGAAAAUGCUGUUUAUAAAAGUACCUUCAGGCUAAAGGCUGUAUAUGAAAAAGAAAAUAAAGUAUUUUCUGGACUUGG